CUGGUCUUGACGGAGCCUCCAACGUUCCCCCCUCUCUCUCACUCCGCCUAUACAUACAUUCAUACACAUCCCACACCACCGCUCCUUCUUGUCGUUCGUUCGAUCCCAAGACAAACAAUGCAGACCGCCGCGAUUGCUUUCUCGCCUUCCCUUUCCCUCGCUUCCACUCACCGGAAGCUCUCUGCUUUCAGCUUCAAUCCCCUCUCGCACCGGCCCAAGCGUUUCAGUCAUGGAUCCGCUCUGGUUUCGGCCACGCCGAAGCUUUCUCCGAUUGGUUGCUCGCUCAAGGACAGAGGCUGGAUUUCGAACCCCAAUCCCUCGAUUCCCGAGCCUCAAUCUGAUGCGGUCGUUGUCCGAGCCACAGCGGAGAGCGCGGAUGCCGCGGAGAGCCCUAAAUCGAAGCCCCUUGUGGAAACGUUGGUGCUCGGAUCGCUGUUCGGGCUUUGGUACCUUUUUAAUAUCUACUUCAAUAUCUACAACAAGCAGGUUCUCAAAGCUUUUCACUACCCAAUGACGGUCACUCUUGUUCAAUUUAGUUUGGGAUCCGCGCUCAUUGUUCUAAUGUGGACCUUCAAUCUCUACAAACGGCCCAAAGUCACUGGUGCCCAGCUUGCUGCAAUUCUUCCGUUGGCAUUGGUGCAUACUUUAGGCAACCUAUUUACCAAUAUGAGCCUUGGGAAAGUUGCUGUUUCAUUCACCCACACAAUUAAAGCUAUGGAGCCAUUCUUUUCGGUUCUCUUCUCUGCUUUGUUUCUUGGGGAGUUCCCCUCACUCUGGGUUGUGUCUUCCCUUUUACCCAUUGUUGGUGGAGUAGCUUUGGCAUCAAUGACUGAAGCUUCUUUCAAUUGGGCUGGAUUUCUAAGCGCUAUGGCAUCGAAUAUUACCUUCCAAUCACGUAACGUCCUCAGCAAAAAGCUUAUGGUCAAGAAAGAGGAAUCCCUCGACAAUAUUAAUCUCUUCUCGAUAAUUACAAUAAUGUCUUUCUUCCUGAUGGCACCUCUUGCCUUAACCAUGGAAGGUGUGAAGUUUACACCAUCAUACCUCACUGCCGCUGGAUUGAAUGUCAAGCAGCUUUACACCAGGUCGCUUAUAGCCGCUCUAUGCUUCCAUGCAUAUCAACAGGUUUCGUACAUGAUACUGCAACGUGUAUCUCCCGUCACCCAUUCGGUUGGAAACUGCGUGAAGCGGGUGGUGGUGAUUGUCACGUCGGUUCUCUUCUUCCGGACACCCGUUUCAUCUACCAAUGCAAUAGGUACUGGAAUAGCCCUUGCCGGAGUUUUCCUGUACUCGAGAGUGAAGGGCAUUAAGCCUAAGGCAAAGACAGCCUGAAGUCGCAGCACGGUAAUGAAAAAUUUUGUUGUUGAUUUUGUUUCUAUUUCUAGACUAGAGAAAGCCAAACUGCUGCUGCCAUUAACUUAAUGUUGUAUGGCUUUUUAGUGAGGACAACCAUGGUCUGUGGGAUUUGAUUCUUCUAUGUUUAUUUAUGCCUAUUGGGAUCUUCGAAAUAAUGAUUGGUUUUGGUUGUUCUUCGA